AAGCUCAAACUUUGAAGUCGGCAGCCAAAAUCAGGUCAAAGGCCGCCGGCAAUAAUAUAUUGUUGCGUCUCCAUUUAUUUUCUUCCUCCAAAGCUUCUUCUUUCAUGGGGUGCUCUCUCUUUAAUCCAUUGUAAUUAUCACCAAGGCUUAAGAUUAAGCACAUUCAAUAGCAAAAACCCAACAAACAAAAAAAGAGUGCAUCCAGCUGCUGGAACAUGAAGUUCCCACUUCCUUGCAAAGAUUGCUUCGUCUCCUCACCCACAAAGGCCAUUCAAAGAAGGAUGCGAGAUGGUCAAAUUCCAGACAACUUGAGAAUUUUCUCCUGCAAGGAAUUGAAGUCUGCCACCAAUGGUUUCCAUUCCUCCAACAAGCUUGGAGAAGGCGGCUUUGGCUCUGUUUAUAAGGGUCAGCUUAGAGAUGGGAACCUUGUGGCUGUGAAAGUGCUUUCCGUUGAACUCGAAUCGAUGAGAGGAGAGAGGGCAUUCAUCACCGAAUUAGCUGCUCUGUCUGUAAUCAGACAUGAGAAUCUUGUUAGGCUUCAAGGGUGUUGUGUUGAUGGAGCUGCAAGAUAUUUGGUCUAUGAUUACAUGAAAAACAAUAGCCUCACACACACUUUACUUGGUGGAGAGCAAAACAGGAUGAGAUUUAGUUGGGAGGCAAGGCGGGGUAAUUCAAUAGGAGUAGCUCGAGGACUCGCCUAUCUGCAUGAGGAAGUUGAUCCUCACAUUCUGCAUAGAGACAUUAAAUCCAGCAACAUUCUUCUUGAUGAGAAUUUGACACCGAAAGUUGGUGAUUUUGGUUUAUCGAAGCUGUUGUGGGACAACCAUACUCACAUUAGUACUCGUGUAGCCGGGACAAUAGGCUAUCUUGCUCCAGAAUACGCUAUUAGUGGGCGUUUGACGCGAAAAUCAGAUACCUAUAGCUUCGGAGUGCUGUUGUUGGAAAUUGUCAGCGGCCGAGCAGUUGUGGAUUUUGACUUGCAACUUGGGGAGCAGUACCUGGUUCAGAAGGUAUGGGAAGCGCACAAGGCUGGAAACCUUGCACAACUAGUUGAUCCUACACUUCAGAUGAACUUUCCUACGGAUGAAGCCAUUCAGUUCUUGAAGGUAGGACUUCUUUGCGUGCAAGAAAGGGCCAACCAACGGCCACGGAUGUCAAAGGCGGUUGAGAUGUUGUCCGGAGAUGAAGUCCUCAAAGACUCUCAUAUUUCACAACCCGGGCAUGUUUCGGAUUUCAUGGAUAUCAAAAUGAGGCAAGAGAACUCAAGUGAUCAGAGCACUUUCUCCAAGGCCUCCACAGCUAGCAGCACAUAAAACCAUUGUAAAUCUGAGGACUAUGUGCUGCCCUUAUAACCAUGUCAGUGAAGCCUGCAGAGCCAUUGAUUUUUGUUGGAUGUCUUUUGAGUAUAUGAUACUCAGACAACCAAUUUUUUUCUCUCUGGGGUUUACAUUGUUUAAUUGUUUUUGGGAUUUUGGGGAUAGUUUUUCUCUGCUUCUUGCUGUUGUUGAUAGUACUUUUGCAAAAAAAGUGUACAUAGUUACCUCCCAGUAAAUUAAUGUGAAAAACCAGCAUAGACGUUGAGCUUUUUUCUGUUA